AUGAAGGCGCAGGCACCCUCCCCAGCUCGCUCGUUCUCCAGUCUCCGCCUCGUCCAGGGCUCCCGUGUGUGCGAGGCCUGGCUGCCGGCGGCGUGGGCGGCUCUCCAGGAGCGGCCGUGGGGGUCCCGCUGGCGCGGGCGGGGCGCUGCCGGGUCCCCCCCCCGGGGGGGUGCGGAGCCCGCCAGACCAGCGGAUGAUGGCAGCUGCGCAGGACGACACGGGCCCAUCACGUGGGUGAGCCCUCCCCGCCCCUCGCCGAACGGGACCUACGGGCCUCUGCCGCCGCCGCCCAGGGGACUUCGCCAGUGGCCGUGCCGUGCGCCACAGCUCGGAGGGUCCUGCAGCCGCCCAGAGCCUCGGCGACCCGUCCCCAGCACCCCGACGCCCACCCGCGCUGGGCUUCCGCUGCAGGAGGCGGCCCGGCCCGCAGCCCGGGGUCAGAUUCUGCUCGAAUUAAAGUCAGUGAAGAUUUGAUAUGGAAUUCAUUGCGAGAGGGUUGGGUCCAGUACACUGAAGGCUUCAUACUCUGCAAAGAAUCAGAAAAUACAUAAAUGAUAAGCCUAUGAUCUUCGUUACCUUCUCAGGCAAGAUGCUGCAAACGCUAAAGAGAGAGAGAGGUCUGAAGAAUGAUAGAUUAAUCUGGGAAGGUGAAUGACACUCUAAAGGUAGAGAUACAAUAGCAGAACACUAACAAAUUUGGAGACUAGAGGGAAGAUGUGAUGUGUACAACAAAGAAGAUUACAGAUGGUGUAAACUUCCAAAUUUUAAAAUAUAGGAAAGGAAAAAGCAAGCCCAGUUACUGAUUUCCAACAGUCCCUUAUUACAAGGGACGUCCCUUAUUUUUUUUAAUCUCUGUGCAACAAGACUGGGAGUUGGUGAGUGCUGCAAAAAGCAGCAAGAAAUUACUCCUGGCAAAUGUAGUCUUCCAUUCAGAAUGUGAACUUCGUCACUGUAAUUCAGAAAAGAAGAGUAUAAAUGCAAAAAAGAUGAACCAUUUCCUGGACUGACCACCGUAUAUUGGUAUUUGUACAAAGUAUUUAGAAACUUGUACUUGUCAACUUGCCAAACUGGUUUUUGCUGCACAUCUGACAGGAUGAACAAGCCAAAAAGAGGCUUUUUGUUAUAUUGGAACAAUAGCAACUGCUGCCUGGUUUAAAGUAAACUUAAGACUGCAUGCAUUUGCCUGACAAAAUGAAAGAAGUGGCAAUCUGGUCACCCAAAGAGGUGGCAAAUUGGCUGAUGGAGAAUGCUGUGCCAGAAUACUGUGAACCAUUGGAAUUUUACACUGGGCAGGAUUUGAUCAAUCUAACUAAGGAGGAUUUUAAGAAGCCACCUUUGUCACGUGUGUCUUCUGACAGUGGGCAGAGGUUGUUGUACAUGAUAGAAACUUUAAAAAUGGAGCACCAAAUUGAGGCGCACAAAAAUGGGCAUGCCAAUGGGCACCUCAGCAUCAGUACAGAUGUCACCACGAGUGAAAAUGAUUUCAGCACUAAAAUCAAAUUGAAUGGGAUGCCAAAUGGAUAUAGGAAGGAGAUGAUAAAGAUCCCCAUGCCAGAGCCAGAGCGUUCCCAGUAUCCUAUGGAGUGGGGGAAGACUUUACUGGCUUUUCUUUAUGCACUUUUUUGUUUCAUCUUUACCACAGUGACAAUCUCAGUCGUUCAUGAACGAGUGCCUCCCAAGGAGGUGCAGCGUCCCCUACCAGAUGCAUUUUUUGACCGUUUUAACCGUGUACAAUGGGCCUUUUCUAUUUGUGAAAUUAAUGGCAUGAUCCUUGUAGGACUCUGGUUAAUUCAGUGGCUGCUCUUAAAAUACAAGUCUAUUAUUAGCAGAAGAUUUUUCUGUAUAGUUGGCACACUAUACCUAUAUCGGUGUAUUACGAUGUAUGUAACUACACUGCCAGUACCCGGUAUGCAUUUCAACUGUUCUCCAAAGCUCUUUGGAGAUUGGGAGUCUCACCUGAGAAGGAUAAUGAAAUUGCUUGCUGGAGGGGGAUUAUCUAUCACAGGAUCCCACAACAUGUGUGGUGACUAUCUGUACAGCGGCCACACAGUCAUGUUAACGCUUACAUAUUUAUUUAUCAAAGAGUAUUCACCUCGGCGACUUUGGUGGUAUCAUUGGAUUUGUUGGGCUCUUAGCAUAAUUGGGAUGUUCUGUAUUCUCUUGGCUCAUGACCACUACACUGUGGAUGUGGUGGUGGCUUACUACAUCACUACAAGACUUUUCUGGUGGUAUCACACAAUGGCCAAUCAGCAAGUGCUAAAAGAAGCUUCCCAGACUAACCUCCUUGCACGGGUGUGGUGGUACAGGCCCUUCCAGUACUUUGAAAAGAAUGUUCAAGGAAUUGUACCUCGUUCUUACCAUUGGCCCUUCCCCUGGCCAGUGCUGUAUCUCGGUAGGCAAACUAAAUACGGCAGAUUGGUGAAUGACACAUAACAGCUGUAAAAAGUGGGGGGAAAGGAACUGUCCAAAGUGCUCAGAACUCCAUGAGAGAAGAUGCCAUAAAAAAGUGAACUGCUCCCUAAUCUUUUAUCUUUUAACCAUUACCUUCACCUAACCUGUUCAGUUACCUGGAAAGCACUGUGAUCUUUUUUUUUUUCUCCAAAGGAUCUGCGUUGGACAACAAUAAAGAAAAUUUAACUUAUCAUGCACUGUAUACAUUUCUUGUUAAUAGAUUUGGGAUUUACAUUACCCAUCACCAUGUUCCUUUGUAUAUGGAUGCAACAGCAUAAAUGAAAACUUUUAUAUCAUAGGUUCUGGUCUUUCCAGUCACAUCUGGGAAUAAAACAUAUUAUUUUCUUGGGAAAACAUACUUUUCAUAUCUCUUGCCCCAAAGAUUGGGCUGUAAGCCAUUUUCUAGCAAAUGUGUAUAUGAAGGUUUCUAAAUACCUGACUGGGGAAAAAUUAAACCUCUUUCUACCUGUUGCACCAAUGUUUCAAAUAAAAUGAUAAGACACAGAAAGGUUUAGUAACUUUUGAUUUUGUAAAAUCUGCAGUGACAGUGUCAAAAAGUGCAAAAAAUAAUAUUCUGUUGUAAAGUGAUUUUCUAAGUAUUUCCUAACUUUAUUUUUCAAAAUAUGUAUGAAAACUAAAUUUAAAAAGAUUUUUACAUGUCAGAGAAAAGAGAGUUAAAAUAAAAAAUGCUUCUCGGAAGAGAGAGAUUUGUCUAUGUUUCUAGUGCCUUUCUUGUCUUGAUUGUAUGGUCAGUAGGCAGUCUUAGAUGUUCUUAUUUAAAAUAAAAUAUUCCAUGAAAACACAAUUAUAUGUACUGUAUACAUUAAUAAAUUUUACAUUUAUAACUAAAUUAAACUGGAAAUUUACUUAUAAUGUUGAAAUUGCUAUUAGUAGGGAAAAACCAAAUCAAAGGCUCAGAUCUUGUUCACACAUUGUGGGCAGGUCAUAGUAAAAUGUAAGAUUUAAAUUGAUUUUAUUAUCUACUCAGUAGCUGGAUUUUAACUGUCAAGACAACAGCCAUGGAUUCCCUUUUUCAGGAGUUUUACAGCUGAUCACUGACUUCAAAUUGAAUAGUUUCUCCAUCCUUUAAUGAAAAUGUUGUUGAAAAACAACAAAAAUAAUCUAUUUCUUUAAAAUAUAUUUGUGCAGAAGCUGCAUGUACCUCUAAGUUUCACUCCUACCAUACAUACUGUAUGUUUGGGGAAGUAUUCUAUUAUAUCCUUGCCAAUGUGCAGAACAAAAUAGAUUUUUAAGAAUGAAGAAGAUAGCCGUUCGGUAUUUUAUGUGAAGCAGAGUUAUCUUCUGUAGGGUUUUUGUGUAUUCACAAGGUGAUAUUUGUAUUGUAAAACAAUAAUGGUGAAGGAAAAUAAAGAGACUUUUAAAAAAUGUA